AACUGUACACCUAUUACCUACACACUCUCUCUCUCUCCCUCCACAAUCAAAAGGCAAUGAAUGAGCGAGAAUCACCAAACCCAAAUCAACUCUAAUUAUUUGUCGGUGAAGACCACUGUUUCUCUUUCAAUCUCCGGCCACUUUCUCACCCGAAUAUCAAUUUUCGGCGACUUCACACUGUGACUCUCCUUUCAUUGUAGCUCUACUAUCGAGGUGCUUGCUACCCUUUCUGCUCUUGCAGUAACUUUAAUCAGCGUCGCCGUUUUGAGCCUAUGCCAUCUGAUUUGCUUUAACUCUACUGUAACUGUAAGAGUGUGCCGUAAUGACUGGGAUCCAGAAUGGCAGAACUCGAAAUCUCGAAAAACCUUUUCCCGGAUGCUUGGGAAAAAUGGUUAACCUUUUUGAUCUAAGUGCAGGGAUGCCAGGAAACCGUCUCCUUACUGAGAAACCUUAUCGUGAUGGUUCCCCAUUGUCAAGGAGUUGUUCAGAUGUGUCAGGAAUGAGUCCGAUCCAGGAUCUUGUAGAAGAUAAACUGAUUAUAUCAGAAUUACGAAGAACAUCGUCAAGUAAUAAAUCAAACAGCAAACCUAUAAAGAUGCUCGUGGCCGAACAAAUGGCAAAGGAAGCAGCUUCUACAGACAAUGCACCAAAUGUGGUUGCCAGGUUAAUGGGACUAGAUGCCCUUCCAUGUCAGCAGCCUCCUGCUUUACGAAGAAGCCACACAAGAAGUUCUUCCCAGUUUGAUGUGCCCUUGAAUUAUUGGCAGCAAGGACACCAGCCACUGGAGGCAGAAGAGCGACCUGAGAUUCGUCAACAUCUGGAGCCGAAUGAAUUCAAAGAUGUUUAUGAGAUAUGGCAGUCACACAACAUUCGUGUUAAAGAUAAUUCAUCUCAAAGAGACAGAUAUGGUGGAGGUGAAAGUGAUAAAAAGAUGGAUCUGGUUCGUGAGAAAUUCACAGAUUUGAAGCGUCUUGGGACGGAUGAAAAACUUCGCCAGUCCAAAAAGUAUCAAGAUGCAUUAGAAGUUUUAAGUUCAAACAAGGAUUUAUUCGUCAAAUUCCUCCAGGAACCAAAUUAUAUGUUCUCCCAGCAAUUAUAUGAUUUGCAGUCCAUCCGUCCGUAUUCUGAUACAAAGCGCAUUACUGUUCUUAGGCCUGCUAAGAUAGUAGAUAGUGAAAUAGUUGCUGGCUCUCAGAAGCAGUUUCCAAUGAGGAAAACAUCUAAAACUGAGCAGGUCAAUAGGGACAAAAGAAGUGGAUUUUCCACUCCAGAAAAUUGUAAAUUUGAGGAUACUCGUGUUCAAACGACUCGAAUAGUGGUACUAAAACCUAGCCAUGAAAAGUCGCAUGACAUUAAGAAUGUCUUAUUGCCUUGUUCCUCAUUACCAAGUGCAUUAAGUAUUGAAGACCAUCAUGGAGAGUGUGAAGAGGAUAAUGCUCGAGAAUUUUCAAAGGAGAUCACACGGCAAAUGCAUGAAGAUUUGGCCAGACAUAGGAGAGAUGAGACCUUGCCCUCUGUGUUUUCCACUGGCUAUAUUGGUGAUGAAAGCUCAUUCCACAAAUCGGAGGACGAAUUUGCUGUGGAAAACAUCAGUGAAAUUGAGCUUAUGUCCCCGACUUUUAGGCAUUCAUGGGACUACAUAAACCGGACUGAUAGUCCUUAUUCUCUUUCCUCCUUGAGCCGUGCAUCUUAUUCACCCGAGUCAUCAGUUUGCCGAGAAGCCAAGAAGCGAUUGUCUGAAAGGUGGUCCAUGAUGGCAUCUAAUGGAAGUUGUCAAGAGAAAAGACAUAUGUGGAGGAGCUCUAGUACUUUAGGUGAAAUGCUUGCUAUUUCAGAUAUGAACAAGCCUCCAAGACCCGAGGAAGAUUCUAGUCAUAGACAAGAGGGCAGGGGAUCUACUUCAUCCCUAAUUACUAUUUCAAAUGGCAAGGACAAUAGUGACGUCUCUCCUAGGAACUUUUCAAGGUCAAAAUCUGUCCCUGUAUCUUGUACUAAUUAUGCUACUAGGCCUGAUUUAGAGGUUUCUGAUCCUAAGAUGGGAAGAACAGAAAUUAUUAAGGAGGUGACAAAGGCAAAAAGUGUUAAAUCAUCAUUAAAGGGGAAAGUUUCAAGCCUAUUUUUUUCGAGGAAUAAAAGAUCUUCUAAAGAGGAAUCAAGUGAGUCCAAUUGUGCAACUGAUUCUGGAUUGCCUAAAUUUACCAGAAUUGACUCUUAUGCAUCUGAGCAAGGCAGUGACAUAGCACCAUCAAACAAAGCAUCUUCUUCAGAUGGGUUUAGCAUGGAACCAAAAUCGACGCCAAUUCCUGCCAAGGCUGGGUUUUCAGUAUCAAAGUCUUUUAAAAAUGAUAGUUGUAAUGAGAACCAGGAGCAACCAAGUCCAAUAUCAGUCUUGGAACCUUCGUUUGACGAAGAUGACCAUAGCAUACCUGAGUUCUAUAACAAUUUAAAGCCAGAUAGUAAUGGAGCAGAGCUUUCUUCACAUCUUACUAAAUUAAACCUGAUUGAUAAAUCACCACCAAUAGGAUCAAUUGCUCGAACUCUUUCAUGGGAUGACUCUUGUAGAGAAACAGCUACUCCAUCUUCAUUGAAAUCCGCCCCGUUGCCCAUAGGAGCAGAGGAAGAAAAAGAAGAAUGUUUUUUUUUGGUUCAGACACUAAUGUCAGCAGCUGGCUUAAACAAUGAGGUACAGUCUGACAAAAAAUUUCCUAGACUGUAUUCCCUUGAAGGCCCUUUAGACCCCUCAGUAAGAGAAAAUUACAUAGACCUCAAUGACUGGGAAACGCAGCAUGAGGUCAGGCGAAGGCCCAGUAGAUCAACACAAAAGCUUGUGUUUGAUUGUGUCAAUAGUGUAUUGAUGGAUCUAGCUAGCUACGAGUCAGCUACAUGCCAAGGAGGAAAGUCGCGUAGUGGUUCCCCUUAUAAGCUUCAAGAUCAUGCAUCAUCGACAAUUGUGGACAAUGUAUGGGACAAGAUCAAGGACUGGUUCUCUGAUGAGGUGAGAUGUGUUUUUGGUGAUUACGGAUAUAACAGUCUGGUUGUGGAGAGGGUGGUGAGUAAGGAGGUAGUAGGGAAGGGUUGGGUUGAACAUUUGACAACAGAAAUAGACGAUAUCCAGAAGGACAUCGAAAAGAACUUGCUGGAAGAGCUUGUGCAAGAGUUUGUUGAAGAAUUCACAGGUGGAUUAUGAUAAGCUAAUGAGGCUUUUUCUUAUCUUAUUAUUUCCACUCAGUUUACAACUCUAAAGUUAUGUAUUACUAGUUGAUAGCCCGUGCCAAGCACGGGUUUAAAUAAAAUUUUAAAAUUUAUUAUUUAUUGGAAGAAAAAUAUUUUUUUAA